AUUAGAGACUAUUCUAGACCUACUUAGUGUCUCUAAGUUGUUUUUAUAAAUCUUUUGUUUGACUUUUGUCUGUAACUAUAUAAUCGCAAAAGUUUUUUUGGUUUCAACAGGUUUGCAAUUUUCAGGAUAAUUAAAUCAUCAUGAUUGACAUUGUUGGAAACAACUUGGGUGAAAAGCACCGAUACUUAAACGCACAAGUCCUCGCAGCAAAAUUGAAUAAUACAGACUUUGAUGAUGCAGUGGCCAAGGAGGAAACUUGUGACACUGAUAAAUUAUUUAAAAUUGAUUUAGCUUCGGAACAUAAGAACAUCAAUUAUAUAGUUAAUAUACUUAAAUGUGGCGAUAGUCUCUAUAUAACGAGAGGACUUAAAAGCGUUUGGAUAUUCGAUGAUAAAUAUUCAAAUAUUGUCAACCCAGACAAUUUACAGCAAAACAUUUUCCCGUUUAUGUCGUUGAAAAUGAAAAAGAAAUUUUUAACAACUACAGCAAUAAAUUUGCAAUGUAAAAAUCGAGCGGCUGCCUUCUAUACUUAUUGUAUAAAUAUAAAACUAACAAACAUAGCGGCCAAGUUUCUCAUUUUAACGAGCGAUGAUUUUAAAUUGGGUGUCAUUCAAAAGGAGGAACCUUUCCAUUCAAUAACUAAUCGUAGCGGCGAUGAUAAAUAUAUAAAACAUUUCAUUGGAAAUUCGUUUGAGUUGGCGCGAGCCUACUUGGAAAGUAUUAAAGAUUUUUUAAGAGACCCCGUUAUAUAUACACUUCGAUAUUUAUAUUCAAUAUCACAAAGUGAAUAUUUGGACUUGUUAGAAAAAUAUGAUUCAGGACGCAGUAGAACGUGUCGUUUUGGUUUAAGAAUCAGUAAAUCUAUAAUGCAAAAGCACAAAGAUAGAGUAUCAAAUAAUAUAAAAAUAUAUAUUAAUGUCGUAAACAAAAACAUUUUAACCAAAUAUAUCAAUGAAAACGAUUGCCGAUUGUAUCUCAAGUUUUUAUUACCAGAUUCAACGGAGAAAUUUUGGAAAAUGAACUAUUGCAAAUGUUAUAAAUUUAUAAUAGAUUUUCUUCCGAAUGAAGAACGUUUUGAAACUGUUAAAGUAUUAUUUAAAGAAAAAUAUAAUGAGGAAUUUGAGACGAAAGUAGAUUUCUAUCAAUUACACUAUUACAAACUCAUGACUCCAGCGGAGCAGAACGCUUGGGCAUUAUAUCAAAUAAGUAAUAACAGAGAGAUCUUAGGCAAUGAUAAUGAAUAUUUAUGGUAUAGAUUUAUAGACUUCAAAAACGCUUUCAUUGAGAUAAAAAAAUAUGUGAUGAUUACGACAGAUACUAGUAGUAGAUUAGAUAUACUAAAAGUAUUAAUAGAAUCCGCAAAAAACCAAGAUGACUUAAAGAAAUUGUUCACCUAUUUCUAUGACAGGCAUGUGAAUGAAUUGAAUAGAAUUAAAGAAUCAUUCUUAACAGAAGUUAUAGUAAAGCAUAAUAUAUUUGAGUUUGACGACGAGUGCUGGACUGCAUUCGAUAAAGUAUUAUAUAGUAUGAAUAUAUAUAAUAUAACAACAGUGGCUAAUUGUAGAUCUUUACUCUUUUUAGCAACUUUAAUGUAUCAUAUUUUAAAAAAGAAAGAACUGCAUGAUGCUAUAAAAAAAUACUUAAAUGAUAUGCGGUGGUAUAGGGUAUGGAGAGAUAUGGAAAUAUUGUAUACAAAACUAAAUUUUAGCCAACAAGAAACAAUAUAUGAAUACUUGUUACAGUGGUAUACAAAAAAAGUUCAAUCUAUGGAGGAACAAGCAGACGAUGAAAAAGUUCGUAGUUCUAUACGACAUUACAUUGAGAUAAUUCUUAAUAUGUUAAUACACCACAAAAAGACAAAAGAACAAUGCCCUGAUGUUGUCAGCAAGUUUGUGUAUCUAGACUGGGACUAUUAUAAGAGCAAUCCAAUCUUUUAUGAAAAGAGAGAAAAUUUCACCGAUGACAAUGCAUUGGUACGUCAAUUGAAAAAAGACGCAAGAGUAGUUGGCGAGAGACUGGACGAAAUCAAAAAUGAAAUAUUGAAAAGUAAACGUGACUACAGGAUAAAUCAGUUCUUGAGGAAAGUGAAAAUAUAUUUCUCACAUGAUUUAGCUAAGGAUUAUCUUCUUCUUCUUUUAGAUAUAUUAAAGUCGACAGAUACUUUAAAUAUGUUUACUGUACGUGAUACUUUAUAUGGUAUAAUGCAGUUAGCGGAUCAACAAACCUUGAACGAUUUACUGUUGAAGUAUGCUCCAACAGAGCCCAAGAUAGAUCACGACAAAGUUAAUUCACAUCUUUUGAAUAUUCAAAUCGGAAUUUGUCGAUUUGCCUGUUUUGCAUGUCCCCCCGUUUCCCUCUCAAAUAUUCGUAUGUACAUAAAGGGUGACUAUGUUCAGUUUUGCUUGCCCAUGUUCAAUUAUUAUGCAAACAACCUUCCGCUACCACUUUGCUUGAAAUUUAUUGAGUCGCUACUAGAUGGUCCAGUAUCAGUCCAUAAACACGGCUUACGAUUAGCAUUUUCAUGCUUCAAUGAAGAACAAUUGAAAAGCUUAAUUAUAGGCGUUUGGAAAAGAAGAAAAAAUGUUUCUGUAAGAUUAGUUGCAUACAAUGCUCUGUUUAACCACAUAAUUAAUGGUGUUGAAAGCGAACAAAUGGUUCUAUUCCCUGUAUUAAAAUCAUGUACUUUAGAUCUUAAAGAAGACGACCAAAAUGAUAUAUAUCGUCUGAUUAAUUCUAAUAGACUUCCGGAUGUUUUUUUGAGUGAAUACAUAGAAUGUGCUUGGCAAGCAGUCGAUAAAUUAUCAUUUGACAAAACAACAAACUUAGAUCGUAAAGAAAAUGUUGUUAGAAAUAUGAUUAACAGUAUUAAUUUACUAAAAAUAGAUUUCGUCAAAUCUAUUAUUGAGAAACAUAUAAAUGAUAUGUUGUGCGAGGGUGGAAUUAGAACAAAGUAUAAGGAAAAUGUAAGUAGCCUGCAUAUGGAAAUUUGGAAACUUACAGCAAGUUAUAUCAUUUAUUUUGCUGACCAACAAUUGCAAAAAAAUUCGGAUAUGGCUAGUUUAAUAAUAAAAAAAUGCAUAGAAUCGUGGCAUUUUGUACAAGACGAAACCUACACUAUACGACAGUUUUGUUCACAAUUCAUUGGCUUUCUUAUUGAAAGACGACACGAUAAUAAAAGCUACGAAUGUGUAGUUCCAAUUUUUGAAGUGAUCAUAAAACAUUUACAGGAUUCUCUAUCAGUAUUUGAAAUAUAUCUGAUGGUAUGGGACCUACAACUGAGUAUAGCUGAAAUAACAAUCGUACAUGCUGGUAAAAACGAAUAUAACACAAAAGAAACUGCUGAGGAUAAGGCAUUUGUAAUGAAACAAACUAUAUUAAAUUUUGCUUAUAACGUUGAAAAUCAAAUUAAAGAUAGAGUUCUCAAUCGAAUGUACUUUUCUUGUUUUAAUAAUGAGAUUAAAGACAAAGUUAUUUCAACACUCGGAACAAUAAAAAUUUGCCUUGAUUACAAUGACGAAUCUGAGAUAGAGGUUACAGAUUUGCGUGUCAUUUUUGCUAUGGGCUUAUUGCAGAACGAUAUGUUUGAGACGUAUUUACUUGCUGCAUAUAUAUUACCGAAUACCAGCGUACGUCACUGGAGUGAUGAUUACGAACAUGUAAUAAAUAAAAUUAGAGCUUUCGAUAGUUUAGAAAUCAAGAGUUAUUUAUAUAAGAAGCUUAUCAAUUCUGAUUUCAAAAGAAGAAGAUUUAUUUAAGUAUAAUUAUAUUAACAGAUGAUUAUAUUCUGAUAUUGACUUAAAAGUAAAUGCCUAUAUUUAUAAAAUAUUUAAAAAACUGCUGUGAAAAAGGAAUAUUUUUCUAUUAUAAUAAACGUUUACGGAAAUUCUACGAUAUACCUAAUAUUUCAUUUCAUUACAAUUUUAUAUACUGUUUCGUUGUUUCUAAGUUUGAAAGUAAGUACAUUUCUGUAAUAAUCUAUAUGUAUAAUUUUUGUUAACAACAAGUAAAAAGUUUUGAGUUCACGAGUGUUAGUUCUACCUGAAUUUUAUUCUUAAG